UGUGGAGGAUGCUCUCACCUCAGGUGUAGGCUACCGUCCGACUGACAGAGAAAAACAAUGAUGGCGACUGCUGCCGAGGAAAUCAGCCAGAGCUGUCCUAUAUCUGACAAUGACAUGACGUCUGUUUCUUUCAAAAUUGCCAGAAAGAAUCAGGACAGACCCUGGAAGUUGAGGUUUAUUUAUCUACAAUGCUAUUUUUUAUCCAUUGCAACUAUACUGGGGACAGGCAUCUUGGGUCUACCAGUGACAAUAGCACAAGCUGGAUUGCUGCCGUUCCUGGUAUCCUUCAUCAUUGGCUUCUUUAUACAGGCUCUGCUCAUAUAUCUGUUUGUGGACUUGCUGCAGCGAUGCAGGGUUAGCCAGAUGGAAUCAUUAAAGACUACGGAGACUGAACGUAUUCUAAUGGAGAAUGUCAGCACACAGGAUUCUCCUGUGGUUUACCCUGAAGAGGUGGAGGAAGUGGAUGACGGAGAGGAGGCAGACACUGGCCUCCUGCACAGAGACGCCACUGACCAGGAGUUGCAGGAGAAACUGGAGCCCAAUCUUCACGUGCUGGGCGUCCUUUUCCUCAGCAAAAACAUGAGCCGCGCCUUCAACUUCAUCCUCCUCUUUCAGUUCAUUUCCAUUGGGAUCAGCUAUGUCCUGGCAGGCAGUGAGGCCUAUGCUGCUCUCUUCCACAUCAGUCACAUCUACGUCAUCCCGGCCUUCACGUGGAUACUGUCUCUAGGGAUCCUACUGGCUCAGGUGGUCAUCCAGCCCAUCACCUCACUGCUGACACUGCUGAAAGGCAUCCUGCUCAUCAUCACUGUGGUGGUGACAUUUGUGGUGGGUUCAGAAGUUCACCAAGAGACCACGAAUGACUUCAGCCAAAUUGGGAAGCCGUUCCUGAUGGGGACUGUUGCGCUGGGUGGGAUUGUCAAUGUGAUGCCAUUCCUCUUCUCUGAGAUCUCCCAUAACAAGACACAGAUUUUGUGGUUCCGAAGAAUGCUACUGGGAGGCCUCACGACAUGUACUGUCCUAAAUAUAUUGUGGUGCUGGGCAGUGCUGGAGAUCGUUCCUCAGAUGUCAGUGCGCAGUGUGGAGGGAGGAGGAGAAUUCAACUCCAGCGGCGUCCUGAUGCAGACACGGGGUUUACCAGCAACACACACAUUUAUCUACUCCAACAUCUCUCUAGAGGAAUCAGAAAAGGCUGGAGAAAUUGCUACCAUUCCUCUAACUAAGAUCAUAACCCAGAAGUACCAGCGCUUCUCCUGGGUGGCUGACCUGAUCCAGACCUUCAUCGCCAUCAGCAUCACCGUGUCAUUCCUGGUGAUGGGCUCGGCCAUGAAGCACACAAUUGAGGGACUUGUAAGCUCACAGUGGAACCUCAAGACGGAGUGGCUGUCUAAAAUCAGCAAGUGGACAAUACCGCAGUCCCUGCACAAUACCAAAGGUUUAUCCAGUGGCUUCGCCUGCUUCCUCGCCUUCGGAGUCAUUUUCAUUGUGUCUGCUUGUGAUCCCAAGGGAUUCGUGGUGAUGCUCGACAAGGUGGUGUCCUUCUCUCUCAACACAGAAGUUGGCCUGUUUAUCUUUGUGAUGCUGCGGACGUCAAGAUCUGAACGCUUCAAACACCUGACCGUGCCCUUGCCCUCAUGCCAGAAGAUCUUCCUCCUGCACUGGCUCCUGCCUGUCUACUUCCUGUUCGCCGUGGGUUACGACAUCCUGCAGAGCGUGCUGGAGGUCACCCGGAGCCUCUCCCAGCCUCACCCCCUCCUGCCCCCCCACCCCACCAACUCCUCCCUGCUCUGAGGGACACCAUGAUGACCCUCUGCUCUAGACAGGGCCAGUCUCAGUCUCCCAAAGGCCCAGUGAGCAGCUGGGUGAGUGGGAGACAAGAGGCCCGAGCACACACCACCACUGUCCUGUAAGACUCCUCAGGGAUGAACUGAAGGCCCACAGAGUCGACCUCAGAGCCCAGAGGCCAAAUUGAAAGCACAGUGAAAUUGUUUUUGUUUUUUAUGAGAAGAAGUGUAGUGUUCCCUGUGUGGAUGUAACAUCUGAGGUGGUGAUCUACAGGUGUGUGUGUGGGGGGGGGGGGGGGGGGGAUUAAGUGUGUGGACAUGUAAGCCUAAAGUUGGGCGGGGGGGGGGGGGGUUAAAUGAGCGGUGGAGUGCUGUGUCGUUGCUGAUGUGGGUUCUUCGGGGGGUUCUUUCGAAGCAUGCUCAUCCUGGUGCACUCACUGCAUGUACGCCGGUGCCACCAGAUGCGUCCCAUAUGGCCUCUGCUCUGCUCUGCUCUGUCUGCUCUGCUCUGCUCUGCUCUGCUCUGCUGCGUCUAACCCUCUCAGCCUGCUUCACAUGAGUUGCCCUUGCAGAACUUAUUUGCUUUCCAAGCCAGACUUAAUUACUUGCUUUUGAGGCCUUUUAGAGCUGUCUACUGUAUUUUGCAGAAAAACAGAGUGAGCAAGAGAGAGAGAGAGAGAUAUGAGUACACUAAGAUGUACAGUAUAUUUCUCCUCUGAGUCCUAAAGUGUACACUCCAGAGGCAAUGAUGUAGGAUAACUAGUUUUCUCCGUUGGCAACCAUACUAACUGCAUGAAAAUAAAUGUGUCUAUGAAGCUCAAACUUUGAAACCUCCAAAUCUCUGCUGCACACUGCCUAUGACUAAGAGAAUAAUAAUGGAAUGGCUUUUUAAGUCCCAAGAAUCUGCAGUAGGUAUGGUCAUUUGAAACAUUUUGCCUUUGCGCUUUUUGAUAAUCAUUACUUUUCUACAUUUUCACAUUUAUACUUUUUUUUUGUACAUCAGAACAUUGUGAUCUUUGUACAUGAAAGUAUAUAAUCCUCAGUCAUUCCACCAUACAUAAAAUAGGUAAAAGAGGUAUCCUCAUGUAAGCAUUUCAUAUUAAACAUAUUUUAUUCAAAUGCAUGAUUUGUGGAACUAUUUAUCCACAUAUAUACUGCACAAAACUUUAUGGACACAUUUGUAUAUCCUUAUUAUUAAUAUUACCAUCCUUUCAAGAUUCAAGUUUUCAGCAACGUACUUGAGUGAUCUAUGGAAAAGAGUGGAAUAUUAAUCCCAGUGAGGAAACUCACAAUGAUUAAAACAGCCAGUUUGUAUGCUUAGAUGACUUGCUAUACACCAUAAAACUCUGUACAAUGCAUUCUGGUCCGUGGAGAGGCUGUAGGAGCUCAGGGGACACAGUCUGGGCCCCAGACAACCCUGAGCACAGGCCACUAGACACCACGCUGCAUGCUGCACCAAAUGAUACCCACUCAGGAUGCUAAUGUAUACAUUUGUUUAUUUUUUUAGCACUGCAACACUGUAUAGACAAGAAUGUUUAUUUUUGACCCCUUUCAGACACAAAAGGUAAAAUUACUUAAACUAGAUGUACCGCAUAGCGGUACAAAAUAUGACCGACGCUCAGUCCCGUACAUCCGUUCCGCGAAA